CUUGUUGCCUCUGGCACCAUGGAUGAUGCUACAAUCCUUAAAAAGAGAGGCUAUGUCUUGGGAAUCAAUCUGGGAGAAGGGUCAUAUGCUAAAGUGAAAUCUGCCUACUCUGAUCGACUGAAAUUCAACGUGGCUGUGAAGAUAAUCAACAAGAAAAAAGCUCCUCGUGACUUCCUGGAAAGAUUUCUCCCCAGGGAAAUAGAGAUUUUGGCCAAAGUGAAUCACCGCGCAAUUGUCAAGACCUAUGAGAUUUUUGAGACGUCCGAUGGCAAAGUCUACAUCGUGAUGGAGCUUGGCGUACAAGGAGACUUACUGGAGUUCAUCAAGAGCAGAGGUGCCAUCUCUGAGGAUGUAGCUCGCAAGAUGUUUCGCCAGCUGUCUUCUGCCAUCAAGUACUGCCACGAUUUGGAUGUAGUCCACAGGGAUUUGAAAUGUGAGAACCUCCUUCUAGACAAAGACUUUAAUAUCAAACUGUCAGACUUUGGCUUUUCCAGACGACUGACUCGAGAUGAAAAUGGCAAGCUUAUUCUCAGUAAAACUUUCUGUGGUUCUGCUGCGUAUGCAGCCCCUGAAGUGUUACAGGGAAUUCCCUAUGAGCCUAAGAUUUACGACAUAUGGAGUCUGGGUGUCAUUUUGUUUAUAAUGGUCUGUGGAUCAAUGCCAUACGACGACUCAAACAUUGGAAAAAUGCUAAAGAUUCAGAAAGAACACAGAGUGCACUUUCCCAAGUCCAAAAGCUUGACAGUUGAGUGCAAAGAUCUUAUUUACCGCAUGCUGCAGCCGGACGUGGCUCGGAGGUUGCACAUAGAGGAAGUUUUUAAUCACAUGUGGAUGCAGGCUCCAAAACCCAGAGUUCCUUUGGCAACUUCAUCUGUAAAAGAGGGAGAGUGUUCUCAGAAUCUCAGAGAGUUGAAGUCAGAGCACAGACAGGAAAUAGAACCCCUGGGGGAAUCUAAGCCAAAUAGACCAGAUUACAAAACUGAGUUUAAAGUAGUGCCCAGAUUGGAAGCAGUACCGGAAACAGAGGCUGCUGUUCCCGAGGAAGAGCAAGCAGAAGUUAAUGAUCUUACAGAUCAAAUGCAAAGAACAGGGAUCAAAAAUAGUGAUAAUUAA